UUUAACUGUACUGUAUCAGUGAGUUGAAAAGCUUUGAAAACGAGCUCCUAAGCCCUAAGAAACCUCAAAUGUACUAUGGAACGCAAUUAAAAAGUUUUCAAGAUGGAGUUCCACUCAACUUUUUAGGUCUCUUCUAAAAACAUGGAGACUUGAACAGCUUCGCCAAAGGUCUGGAUAUGGUUAUGGAAAAACCAGGAGUGCCUUCUGUUUUCCACUGGUUCUUAAGUUUGGUCUCAAUCAAUCUCACUUCCGCUAGUACAUAUAUUGUCUUAUGGUGAUUUUAUACGCAACCCACAUCAGUAGGUGCCGGAGUGCACAAGAUACUAAGGAAACUAGAGUUAUAGGAACUAAAAAGAUCCUCGCCUACAGACACCCAAAACUUGGAAAUAUACUUACUAGCCAAUUUAAAGAUAGAUAUUUAAAGAUAGUGUAAGACUAUAGGAUAUGCUUUAUAGCAAUAUAUUAGGUGUAGGUACCAAUUGGCUUGACUGUAUAGAGACUCAGGACUAUAGUUAACUAGUGUAAUAUUAUGAGACUAUUAUAAACCGAUGCUAAAGAGUCUAUCUGUAGAGACAAGUAGGUAUUGGAAGCAAAUAGUUUAGCCUUUUGGUAAAGCGUAAAGCAAAGGGUAAAAACCCUUUAGAAUUCAGAUUUACAUUUACAAAAUAAGCCUACGGGGCCCUGUUACACCAACUUCACGUUCGAGCUAAGAUUUCCAUUGUUCCACUGGCUCUACCUUUGGAAAUAAUCUCCCAGCAGAGCUUCCUAAGUUAGUGAGUGAACUUUGACUGUUUAUCCUCGUGUUUAUCACAUACACCAUAACCAAUAAGGGUUAAGUAAUCAGUAAAUAAUUGGGAGUAAAUCUUAUCAAUAGUAAUUACCUAACGAGGUAAUUAAUACCAACCAGCUGAAGAUAUACGAAUGUGUACUUCACCAAAUUGCUGAAUACAUGAUCUAACCUUCAACAUGGGUAAUCCGGGCCUUCCCUUAGAUUUGAGCUGCGUAAAUAAUGUUCACAUAAAUCUAUCCGCCAUCCAAAGCAAAGCGGCCGAUUUACAAAAUUCUCGCCCACUUAAAGACGAACAUCGAGCAGCAUGGCUUCUAAAGGCAGUAACGUGUAUAGAUCUAACAACUUUAAGCGGUGACGACACAGCUAGUAACGUGUCUCGACUUUGCCUCACGGCCUUUCGUCCAUUACCCGAAACUUUGUUAAACACUUUAGGAUUUGAAUACAGUGAAAAAUGCCCUAUACAUACGGCAGCAGUCUGUGUGUACCCGGCAAAAGUUCCAUGUGCCGUGAAUACCAUAAGGAAAUUCGGGAAAUCGUGUAACAUUAAAGUAGCAUCUGUUGCGACAGGUUUUCCUAGCGGUCAGAUGGCAUUUCACACACGAUUAGAGGAAAUUAAGGACGCGGUCAAAAUGGGGGCCACUGAAAUCGAUAUUGUGAUUGACCGCAGCUUGGUUUUAACCGGUCAGUGGGAGGCUUUGUACUGUGAGUUGAAGGAAAUGAAAAGUGCAUGCGGAUCAAAGGCACACAUGAAGUCUAUUUUAGCAACGGGUGAAUUGGACAAUCUCACAAAUGUGUACAAAGCAUCAAUGAUUGCUAUGAUGGCCGGAUCUGACUUUAUUAAAACAUCAACAGGUAAAGAAGCACUGAAUGCAACCAUUCCAUUCGGUAUUGUCAUGUGUCGAGCAAUCAAAGACUAUCACAUGAGGACAGGUCAUAAAGUGGGCUUGAAACCUGCAGGUGGCAUUAAGACCAGUAAAGAUGCACUCGCCUGGCUGGUGAUGGUUAAAGAAAUCUUGGGAGACUCCUGGCUAACCCCUGAGCUAUUUCGUAUUGGAGCAUCCGGUUUACUUACAGAUAUUGAGCAAGACUUGCAACAGUAUGUUAUGGCAUAAAUGCAGGAAUCUUGAGACUCCGUUGUGAUUGGAAAAUCUACAAAAUGCCCAAAUUUUUCAAUUUCUCUUGUAUAAGGAUUAUUGCAAGUCUUUUAAAUUAUCAAUUUCUUGAAGCGUAGAUACUGUUCGCUCUGGGUCGUGCAAUCGAAGACAUGUAGUUCUCAACGGAUGAGAAACGUUAGCAUUGAAUUCAGACAACACAAAUUGAAAAGGGAAAUGCUUUGUAACCAAAACAGGAGGACACCGUGGAGAACUCG